AUGCCUAGAAAAAUGAUGCACCAAGCAGACACAGCCCUCGAAGCCAUCGACAGCCAUCUAACGGUUAUGGCUGCAUACCGUUACAAUACUAUCCAAGCUUCUCAUUCUAUUUGUCCGACACGUCAGUUUUACGGUACAGGGCUAGUAUAUAUCAGCACAUGGGAAGCAGCACCCGCGACCGCGGCUACGGAAUCCUUCUUCUUGCCUUCACUGCUCAUGUCGUCUCCACAAGAUCGCGGUAGUGUACUGGACAGUUCUUCAAGCGACUCGCCAACACUGUCGGACUGUCGAAAUGAGAGCAUAGCACCACUGCCCCGCAGGCCCAUUCCAAGGAAGGGCCAUACCAAGUCACGCCGUGGGUGCUACAGUUGUAAACGACGACGUAUAAAGUGCAACGAGCGACACCCCGAGUGCAGUCACUGCCUCAAAGCUGGGCUACAGUGCGAGUAUCCUGCCAACAUCAUUCAGGCAACUCAGCGGUCCAAUGCUAUCUCAGGCCCACGGGAGGCAGGCAACUUCCGGUCCGCUCCAGGAGUAUUCUCUAUGGGAGAUAUGCGCUUAUUUCACCAUUUCCUCAUCACUGCAUACCCACAUCUUCCUGUGGGGCAGGAUAAGAUAUGGGUUACUGUAAUUCCCAGCUUUGCACACAACUAUGAGUAUCUUAUUCAUUCGAUCCUUGCCCUAUCUGCAUCCCAUCUGGAUGCUGUAACAAACUCCGGUGUUGCUGAGCAAGCUAUACAACACCGAAUCCUGGCAGUGAAAUCGCUCAAUGAGGCAUUAUCAGUACCCCCGAAGACGCGAUGUGAGCGAGAUGCUAGAAUGGCAGCUGCCUUGGCUCUUGCAUUCCAGUCAACCCAUUUACAAGACGGCAUGGCAGAGUUCCUCACCAUGGUCCGUGGUUGCAAUCUGAUUGCAGGAGACGAAAUGUCACUGAACGAGGAUUCGGUUUUCCAUGUAUUCCGCGAAGACAGUCAUCUCCAAACAAUACGCAACCGCAUUGACAACUCGUCAAUGAGCUGCGUUAACCCAGAAGAUCUCGACCUAGCCUCCGUGUCCCUCAGCUCAAUCGAGUCCCUCCACAUGUCCGACUGCGAACGGUCAUAUUGGGAGCACCUCGCCAGUGUAGUAAACCACGCAUAUGAGAGACCGAUCGACGCAUAUACUGCCUUUGUUACACUAUACAACAUUCCAUCGCGGUGGACACAUGAACAAUUCCAAGCCUUCAUCGACCCCAACAACAACGUUGCGCAGAUCUUGCUCGCCCACUUCAUCGCUAUCCAAGCCAUCCUUACACCCAUCCUUUAUUUCGAGCGGGUGGGCUUUCAAGGAGUCAACGCCCCUACCGCCGUUUUGAGCUGGAUCGAGGGUAUAUAUUGGAACGUCACACAACACUUACGGCAUUACGUCGAAUGGCCUAGGCAAGUCUCAAAGUACCCCUUUGAACAAUUCAUGGGCCAGAAGCAGUCGGAUAACUCUGACAUAGACCCGACUUUGCUAUGACAGAGUCAGAGGCAAGAUCAUACUAACGAAUUACUACGAAGUUCUUUCCUUUUUUUUUCCUCUUCUAUUAGCCCUGGAUUGGCAUGAACUGCAAUGACAUUUUGUGUACAUAUGCUGCAUUUGGAGUUUUAUCCUGUAACUUUAUUGUCUCUUGUAAAGCUCACCGUUAUGCGAUAGUCCAAUCAUGUUGUCAGAAACUUCCAGGGACUUUACUUUCCUUUGUCAUCCAUCUUUACAGAUCCCUUCAAAUGCCGAGUUUCUGUCCUUCAUCCUCUCAUUUGUUCAGCAGUGCUAUAGUCACUUAAAAAACACUUCAAGUACCAGGGAGUAGGCUCAUAACAUGUAUUGCAAUGAUCUGAUCUUGUUACCUAAG